AGUUGAUGGAGACAUUCUAAUAUCACAAAUGCCUCUAUAUUAAAGGAAGAUUAUUUUAUUUUAUUUAUCCCAUUUGUUUAUAACCAUAAGAAUUUAUGACCUUACACUCGAUUCUCCCAUCUCAAUAUUCUUAUUUGUCUCUUUAUCAAUAUCUUAAUUACAUUAUUGGCGUCCCUUUUUUCUUAUUUUAUUGUUACGUUAUAUUAUAUUAUUACUACUUUUUCCAGGAGCAGUUUUCAUACGGUCAUGUAAUAAUAAUAAGAGCGACUAAUUCCGUGGUCUACUUUGGUCAUUGACCCGUUGACUAAUUAAAUAAAGUUACUAGUUUUUAAUAUACAAAAACAUGACUUUUUAUGAAAGUUAACACUUUUAAUCGCCCCACUAAUACUGUUAAAUUUUAGUUAAGUGCGAUGUGUGAAUGCCCAGAAAAAGGAGCUCAAGAUUCAAGCCAAUCCUUCUACUUGUAGUGAGUAGUGACUGCAACAGAGAGAGAGAGAGAGAGAGAGAGAGAGGUGUAUCUAUUCUCUUUCUAUUUGAAGAGGGUGUGUGUUAGUGGUAGUCAUCACACUCCAUAAUAAUCUCCAUCAUCAAGCUGGUAUAAUGAUCCAUCCAUAGAAAUCCAAGGCAACAAGAGAAGCUUCCAAUUCCAAGUUCAUUCAUCAAACCAACCACGUAACUUUCUCGUUCUGUCUCUUUGAGCUUCUAUCUGUUUCUUCAAACUACUUUACUUUGUUGGAACUGCUUCUAGAUUAUGUUACACAACCAACCACAACAACACUUUUUAUGUGUUUUUAUUUUUGGGAUCAUGGUCUGAUUGAUUAUCUUGUCAUCUUUCCACUUUCUACUUAGUACUAUAAAAAAGCUUACACCUUUGUUUUCCUGAACCUGAACUCAGAUCUUAACACAUCAAGGGUUGCUUGCUUCACAUGCCCUCAAAUUCAAUCCCUUGAAAGUAUUAUAAGGAGAGAAUGCAAGACCCGACAAUAUUUCAACCCAUCAAACCCCAAUUUCCUGAACAAGAACAACUUAAAUGCCCACGUUGCGACUCAACAAACACCAAAUUCUGCUACUACAACAACUACAAUCUCUCACAGCCACGCCAUUUUUGUAAGAAUUGCAGAAGGUAUUGGACCAAAGGAGGUGCUCUUAGGAACAUCCCAGUUGGUGGUGGAAGCAGGAAGAACACAAAAAAAUCAUCCACCAACAACAACUCCUCCAAACGCCCUACAUCAUCAUCUGCACCAUCAUCAUCAUCAGUAUCCCCUUCACCAUCCGUUUCCACUCCAGCACAGGCUGCUUCAUCCGCUCCUGAAUCCGACUCGGCCCAGGCCUACGCCGCCCAGCCUACUGUGGCUGAUCAAGGCCCAGGCUUAAGCUUCAGUUCCCUAUUGGCAACUAGCCAUUUGGGGAGCCUAUUGGAGGGUCUGAAUUCAAAUGGAUCAAGUCUUAAAAUGGUGCAAAUGAAUGAAUUCGGAGUGAAUGUGAAUUCGAUCGGUUCUGUUGAGCCGCCAGUGAGCUCGAAUUCUAGUAGAAAUCCAGGGUUGGAUGUUCAGAGCAAUGGCAAUAAUGCAGAGAGCUUUCUGAGUAUGCAUAAUGGUGAUUCAAGCUGUUGGAAUAAUGGUAGCAAUGGAUGGUCUAAUCUUGCAAUAUUUACACCAGGAUCAAGCUUUCAGUAGAAGCAGCAGAUUCAGCAAAACUGAUGAAAUUGAUGAACCUUCUUAGUUAACUUACUAUGUUUUUUCUUUUUUUUCCCUUCGGUUAUAUAGUUAUUACCUCAAGACUAUGUAUGUUUAUUAGUCUUGAUGUUAUGGGAGAUCAAAAAGCACAGGGGCUACUAAAAAUAACAUCAUCCUUUAGGUAAAUUCUUUUUCUGAUUUUGUGGUGAUAGUUCUUCAGUUUUAUCAGUGGUGUUAGAAAAAGAGAAAAGGAAAGUGGAUUUUUUUUUUAUCAGUUAUUAUAGUGACUUUACUCAGUACCCACCAUUGUUGGGGGAUUCUAAUUUGAUCUAUAUAUAUAUAAAUAUGUAUUUUACAGUUAA